AUGAUGUCGAUUUUCAAUAUCCUGCUGUGUGUCCAUGCUGCCAUUCUCCUUGCGUCAGUAAAUGCUACCGGUACCAGUGAACCUCAAAAGUAUGCGUUGACAAUCAUAGACCUGAAUGCGGAGCAUCGUCGGUUGGUUCCCAUCAGUGGAUAUGUCAUUCUUGGAGGAAAUCUCGUGGGAGGUCUCUUUAGGGGAUUUUUUGGAGAGUCUGUGGCCAUCGACGAGACAGGAACAACAAUAAUUGUGCGCGAAUUUGGAACCGACACCAUUCGUGUCUACGAGAAUGCUGCCAAUGGAUGGACCCAGAAAGGGCAAGACUUGACAGGUUUUCCCAUCAGAUUCGUCCCUGCUGGUGGACUUACAGUUGCAAUAUCAGGUGAUGGCAGUAUUGUUGUUGUCUCCUCUUCUGUCUAUGAAAUUGUUGAGGUGUUCCAGUAUGACACAAGCACAAUGAUGUGGCUGCAAAGAGGCAGUACAAUUCAAGGUUUUGAGUUGGAUGGCUCAGCAAUUUAUUCCUUUGGUUCUGCCAUUUCUCUGUCAGCAGAUGGAAACAAGAUUCAAGUUGGGGCUCAUCUUCAUUCUAGCCCAAUGGUAGACUUGAAUGGGUUUGCAACAACCUACUUCUGGAACAGCACUGACUGGGAGCUUGAGACAUAUUUCAGUCCUGAUUUCAACACUGUUGUUUCUGGGCUGUAUGGAGAAACUGACUUCGCAGAUUUGGGGAAGUCUGUAUCAGUCUCUGGGGAUGGCAACUGGAUUGCUGUUGGAAUGCCCGGGUCUGGAAUCUCUGACAAUGACUCCACAAGGUUUGGUGAAUGCCGUGUUUACCGCAGUGAUGGCAGCAUCCAACAAGUUGUUCGUGGUGGUGGAGCGAUGUUCGGGUCAACUAUCCAGCAAAAUUUUGGUUUUUCGGUGGCUCUAAACUAUGAUGGAAGCAUCAUUGCAGUUGGUUCUCCUGGGUAUGAUGUGCUUGAUGUUGCUACACAAGUAGGCAAGGUUCAAGUCUUUCGAAGAACUGGUGCAACAUGGGGCCAAUUGGGAAGUGAUCUCAUUGGAGAUGAACAAUCAGACGAAUUUGGGUACUCCAUUGAUUUAUCCAAUGAUGGCAAAACCCUUGUGGCUGGAUCAGCAAAAUUUCGUGGUUACGCUCGUAUCUACACGUUUGAUGGCACUGACUGGGUCCUUCAAGAGAUCAGCAGGGCCCAAGGUUUCGAUAUUGAUGGAAUUGAGCUAAAUGAUAGGUUGGGAAAGAGUGUUGCUGUUUCUGGAGAUGGGACCAAAGUCCUUGUUGCAGCGCCCCAUUAUGAUGGAACUGACACAGACCAUGGACUUGUCCAAAUGUGGGGACAAACUGACUUUCCCACAUUUUCACCUAUCCUGAAUCCUUUGCCUCAAGUUGGCAACCUAGGGACUGGUGGAAGCCCCGCACAGACAAACAUUGUUAGUAGGGCACUCGAUUGGUGGCAGGGUGCAGUGGCCUCUUUGGAAGGUUUCUUUGUAUAA